AUGAAUGAUUGGUGGGUAAAAAACAUUUGGGGAAAUGAUCAGUUCAAAUGGAGGGACAUUCCAUCUCAGGGUUUAUCUGGAGACUAUCCUUGUACAUACUGGGAGAGAUGGGAAUUUUGGAUAGAAUUAGAAGACUUGAUAGGUUGGGCCACAAAUCAUUGGGUGAUAACAGGAGAUUUUAAUGCAAUAAGAAGAAGAAGAGAAAGAAAUAAACCUGGAGGUUCAAGUAGAAAUAGCAGACUUUUUAAUGAAUAUAUGGAGGAGCAUGGAUUGAUUGAUUUACCACUGAAUGGAGGACAAUUUACAUGGUCAAAUAUGCAAGCUGACCCAUUGCUUUGCAGACUAGACAGAAUUCUGGUAACUCCACAAUUUGAAGGAAAGUUUCCUCUCUUAACUCAAACUUUUUUAUCUAGAACUUUAUCUGAUCAUUCACCACUUUUGUUAACUACUUCAAACAUCAACAGAAACAAACCACUAUUUAGAGUUGAAAGCUUUUGGUUUUCUCAUCCAGAAUUUUUAUCCAAUCUUCAACUUUGGUGGAAUGCUUUGAGUUUUACAGGUUCUCCAAGCUACAUAUUAUCCAAGAAAUUACAAAACUUCAAAUUUUUUCUCAAAAGAUGGAGCAGGGAGACUUAUGGACAGGUAGAGACAAAUAAAGAAGAACUGACAAGAAGCAUAAAUGCUCACAACAUGCUGGAGGAAAAUUCAGUUUUGUCAGAUCAGCAAUUCAGUGAAAGGGCAGAAUGGAGAGCAUCUUUGAAACAAAUCAAUUUGGACAAUGCAAGAAAAUGGUUAACAAGAGCUAAAACAAAACAUUUCAAAGAAGGUGAUGCAAAUACAAAAUACUUUCAUACUCUGGAAAAUGGAAGAAGAAGAAGAAGAAAUACAAUACAGAAAAUAGUAAUGGAGAAGACAAUUUUAAUCAAGAUAAUAUCAAAGAAGAACUAUCAAAUUAUUUCAUGA